ACGUUAGGUAGGCUUUCAAUUACAUGGUUCUGACAGCCUGUACAAAAAGAGUCUGACACCGAGUUAGCCUUGACAUACCUCAAGCUCUUGUAAACAAUGACCAACGCAUGAUUCACGUAGUGCGACGUAGAUCAUCAUCCAACGCAGGUUAUGGGUUUUACCAACCUGAACGUAUUCGAAAGCAUCCGGUUAGUUUCUUCGCACCCAGAGGAGAUAUGUUGAUGACCGAGAAUGCUCUUGGAUCCACAUUUUCAAGCUCGCUCAGACCGAAAAUCAUAUCCAUCGUUGGAUAUGGCGGCUCCGGAAAAACACAAUUGAUGUUGCAGUACGCCUGGACGCAUCGAGACAUAUAUGGAGUUGUCCUUUGGGUUGAUGCACAAUCACUGGACUCCUUGAAUGACACGUUCUCCCUUGCUGCAGAGCAGCUCGGUCUUGUCCUACCUCGUACUUGGGUAUCAGACUCCGGGACUACAAAUACUGUUACCCGAUUCAUUCCAAGCCUUCAAAGGAACGUUAAUGCAAUUCAGAGGGAGCUGAAGAGAAGGAAUCAAAAAUGGCUCAUUCUGAUAGAUCGUGCUGAUGAGCUCCACAUGAUUGACCAAUUGCCGAAGUAUUUCCCUUCUGCUCCAGGUGGAGCCAUAAUUGUUUCUUCCAGACGACAAGAGGCAGAGAGACUUGGUGGCCAUGCAAUAAAACUGAAAGGUCUUCCCUUGAAUAGCGCUCAGCAGCUUUUGAUCCACCAUGUUUUCGGCAUAUCCGCAGACUUGGUCCAGGGAGAGCAGCUUGAGCAAGCAAGACUUGUGGUGGAGACAUUGGAUUGCAUUCCUUUGGCGAUUGAUCUCGCUGAUACAUCAAGCACAACCUUGGAGGACGAAUAGACACCUACUUGAACCUGUACAAAUCGCAAAAGCAUGAGUUGGUCGAACGCGCUCUCGGGCGAAACCAUCCAAUUGCUCAUGACUAUCCCGCCUCUGUCCUCGCGACUUGGAGGGUUUCAAUCAACGCGAUUGCCAAAGA